AGACAACUCGGAGUCGGAGGGCAAAACCUAGCAUUCGUCUAUCGCUGUGCCGCCCCGGCCUCAACGCUCGCCUCCGCCGCAUUUCCUCUCGACUCUCUCCACUCCUCUGGGCUCUGGCUGCCCCCUUCACCGGCGGAGAGCUGCUGUCGGCGAGUCCCAUCACCGUUUGGGGCCGGCUGGCGGCGACCUCCUCAGUUGGUGCCUUGGGUCAGCAAGUUGCUUUUAGCUUGUGAAAAAUGGAGCAUGAACUACGUUCUCCAUCUGGGAUCCAAAGGGUUCAUGGGCAGCCCGUGUUGUUGAGCAGAAUCUCUUCUUAUUCUGCCAUGAAUAACCCUGUAUUCAACAAUGUGCCCCUCUGGUCGCAUCAUGGGAUGAAUGCAACUGUUGGGCUCCCAUCAGUCAUGAUGCCGUCCCCCGUCUUUGCUUCUGCCCCCAAAGAGAAAGGUUUUUCUGGAUUUAUGGUUGACUUUCUGAUGGGUGGAGUCUCUGCUGCUGUUUCCAAGACUGCUGCUGCUCCCAUUGAGCGUGUCAAGCUGUUGAUUCAGAACCAGGAUGAGAUGAUCAAAAGUGGUAGGCUUUCUGAACCCUACAAGGGUAUUGGAGACUGCUUUGCCCGGACGAUGAAAGAUGAGGGUGUCAUCUCACUGUGGAGAGGAAACACAGCUAAUGUCAUCCGUUACUUCCCCACACAGGCAUUGAACUUUGCAUUCAAGGACCACUUCAAGCGCAUGUUCAACUUCAAGAAGGACAAGGAUGGAUACUGGAAAUGGUUUGCUGGAAACCUUGCUUCUGGAGGAGCUGCUGGUGCUUGCUCUCUCUUCUUUGUUUACUCUCUGGACUACGCUCGUACGCGUUUGGCCAAUGAUGCCAAGGCUGCAAAGAAGGGUGGUGGGAGGCAGUUCAAUGGACUCAUUGAUGUUUACAAAAAGACCCUUGCCAGUGAUGGUAUCCGUGGCCUCUACCGUGGAUUCAAUAUCUCUUGUGUAGGAAUCAUUGUGUACCGAGGUCUUUACUUUGGAAUGUACGACUCCCUCAAGCCAGUUCUUCUUGUUGGUACCCUACAGGACAACUUCUUUGCCAGCUUCUUGCUCGGCUGGGGUAUAACAAUUGGUGCCGGCCUUGCCUCGUACCCCAUCGAUACUGUCCGCCGUCGUAUGAUGAUGACGUCUGGUGAGGCUGUCAAGUACAACAGCUCCUUGGAUGCCUUCAAGCAAAUUGUUGCAAAGGAGGGCACCAAGUCCCUCUUCAAAGGUGCUGGUGCGAACAUCCUCCGUGCUGUUGCUGGCGCUGGUGUCCUUGCUGGGUAUGACAAGCUCCAGGUGAUCGUCUUUGGCAAGAAGUACGGGUCUGGCGGCGCCUAAGAGUAGAUGAUGGUGAACAAAAGAAAGGAUGUUUAGUUGGUGCCUUUGCAUAGCUUAUGUGGACCAUGGACACCAUUUCUAAAUCUAGCACUUGCACAGACUGUGACUGGUUUUGUUAUGCGGUUUGGAUUCUGUGGCUCGUCGUUUUCUGGAGAUCUGAAACAAGCGACUGAGUUAGAAAUUGCGGACCUUAAUGCUUGGAGACAUGUUCAUCCCCAUUGUGACUUUACAUGUUCUACAUCAUUUUGCUGGAUGGUUGAUUGCAUGGUCUAA